AUGACAAUCUCGCAGGCUCUGAAGGAGAUGAACUUCAAGCUCAUCUCCAACUUCUUCCUGACGACCUUCCCUACCAACAUGUUGAAGUUCCCGGUCUUCGAGAUCAUUAAUAUGGCCAUGACAUUCACUGCCUUCAGCCCUGGAAUGAGCGGAACCAUCAGCGGAUUCCUGUUCUGCACAGCCAUGUUGCCUGUCACGAACUACCGCUUCCGCAAGAGCAUGGGAUGGGAGAUCAAGCCAGCGCUGCUUUACCAGGCUUACGUGCCAACCGUCGUGCGCGAUAUCUUGUAUGGUUGGGCUCGUGGCUUCGUGGCUGUGGCCGUGGCAUCAGUGUGGAAGCCCCAGACGUUCACGCAGGAGGCCUUCGUUUUCGCCUUUGUGAUCUGGGCAGCGUGCAUCAUCUCCUCCCCUUGCAACGAGUGGCGUGGCUACACCCUUCAGCCCAAGGACAAGAAGCUGUCCUUCGGUGAGUACUUCAAGCCCAUCAACUACGCGCGUUCCACAGGCAUUGGCGCCACUAUCAUGGGCAUCUCCCUCUUCGUGGGCCGACUAGUCACCCCUUUCGCGGAGACUGCCUUCGCGUACCUCAAGGGACACCCUGCGGUGGGUGUGGCUGCCCUGGCCAUCCUGGUGGGAGGCUUCAAGCUGAUUGCUGGAGGGGACGACGACAAGGAG